GCAGAACAAAGUUCAAGUUCCAAACAGGAAGAACAAUCGAGUGAAAAUUAGUGGAAAAAAAUUUAAUAAAUUUUAGCAAUAAAUUCUGAACCAACAGAUGGCGAUCAGAUAGAAAAUUCUCUUUCAAUGCUUUUUUGAUCAUAAAUAUAAACAAGCGACACAAUAUGAUUAUUUAGAGAUAGAGAAGUGAGAGAAAACUUGUUGGCAUAUUUAGAUUCAAUGAAUUUUUUUGUCAUUUGAAGGAUUUAUUGAUUAUGAUAAUUAUUGUGUAAUGAAUGUGUGUAAUAAGUGUUUGAGCAUUGUGCUAAAAAAAUGGAAUAUGAUAAUAUCAAAUAACAUUAUAUAAUGUAUAAACCAUCGAAUGUUGAAAAUUAUUAUUCGAAAUGAAUACAUGUUGAUUGAUCUUGCUUGAUAAUAAUAAGAGAAACUUGAAACGUAUCCUGUUUGCAUUGAUUCAUCAAUGUCUUUUCCUUUAAUAUUUGCCAUUCGAUUGAUUUAUCGCUGGCCAACGAUAACAAUAUUAUGUUUGUAUCAAUUUUGAAUAGAUCAAUGUUUCGAAAUCCAAUAUGCGCGAUAUUAUUGAUCUUUGUUUAUCGGAUCGAAUUUACUUUAACCGAACAACCGUUAAAUGAUCAUGAUCAUCAUCCGAUUCUUCAUCAUUCAUCGUGGUUUAUCCAUUUCAUAAAAAAUCUUACCGAUUAUUUCGUUAUAAUAAUACCAGUUGGACUUUUGGUUUUCCUAGCCAAACGAGAUCUUUUACCUUCUUAUGUUAAACACAUACGAUGGAUAAAACUUUUGGUGUACGGUGUUCCUGCAAGCAACGAACUUCCAUUGACCAUCGAAGAUGGAUCACUAUUGUUAUCAUCUGAAGCGGAUGAAGAAAAUCUAAAAUCCAACAAACCACAAAAAGUGCGGGAAAAAAAUACAAAUGUUUUUCAUUUAUUUUAUUGUUUUUUCGGACUACAAAUUUCAUUCUUAACAUGGGGAAUCUUGCAAGAAAAAAUUAUGACACAAAAUUAUGCUGUCCAUAGCUCUUUUAUUGAUACACAUUCAAAUCAGAUAACAGAGAAUCUACUUUCGAUAAUUUCUGUCGAUUCACUGGAUCCGAACAUGAUUAAUAUAAAAUUCCGAAAUGCACAAUUUUUAGUCCUCAUCAAUCGAGUAUUAGCCUUCAUUAUUGCUGUGAUAGUAUUAUUGUAUCAACAGAAUUACCAUUCAAGCCACCAACAUAAAUCAUUUUUUCGAACAAAACAACCACCAUUCUAUAUGUACAUCUAUUGUUCAUUAUCGAAUAUUAUGAGUAGUUGGUGUCAAUAUGAAGCACUUAAAUAUGUUAGUUUUCCGGCACAGGUUCUAUCAAAAGGAUGUAAAAUGAUACCGACAAUGUUAAUGAAUCGAAUUCUUAUGGGUAGAACACAAAAACGUGAAGAAUGGCUAUUCGCUAUUGCUAUAUCGUUUGGUAUGUCCAUAUUUAUGCUUAAUGAACAACGAGAAUCUCACCAUGUGGAUGAUACAAUAAAUGAUUCAUUCACGUUUUCAUCAUUUAUAUCGGGCAUCAUCAUUUUGGUUCUCUAUCUAACAUUUGAUUCGUUCACAUCGAAUUGGCAACAAUCACUUUUUGACCAAUAUCGAUCAUUGACGAGUUUACAUAUGAUGGCCGCUGUUAAUUUCUAUUCGAUCCUAUUUACUUUGGUUUCUUUAUUACAACAAAGCGAUUUCUUUCCAUCGUUAAGCUUAUUAUUUGCAAAUCCUGCUUUGAUGCGUGAUUGCAUAAUAUUAUCAAUAUGUUCAGCCGGUGGACAAUUGUUUAUAUUUCAUACGAUCUCAACAUAUGGUGCAAUUAUUUUCACUUUAAUCAUGACCUUACGGCAAGCAUUUGCUAUUCUUCUUUCCUGUUUUAUCUAUUCACAUUCAAUCACUUGGCUCGGUUUACUUGGCAUUGUGAUUAUUUUCGCCUCAUUAUUUUUCAAAUCCUAUCGAAAAUUUGAUGAACGUAGAUCAAAGACUAGCAUGGUAAACAGUAAACAAAAUCAUCAAAAUGUAUAAAUCAAUGAAUUAAAAAAAGUUUAUUUAGAAAUUGAAA